UUAAUGAGUGCUUUGGGGCUUUACGGAGCAGAGUUUGGAGUCAUGCGUUGUUGCGUUGUGUUGCUGUAGUUUGGCUCAUUUUCCUAUUUUUCAUUUUCUUAUUCUCUGUGUUACACUUGGUUUAGACACAAUGCGCCGCUUGUACGUUGCCGCGAUUCUUUUGUGGGCUGCCUGUGCUACAGAUGGUAAAGCUGUCCCUUCUCCUCCUGACUUUGGGGACACCUAUCACGUCAAAGGAGUGAUCUCUUUGCCCUAUGCUGAGAUUGUGGAGCCAUUCGAGGGCUGGUUUGACCUCGCAGCAAAGUCCAGCCGUAUAGACUAUUAUCAUGGCCAAGUCUCCACCUACCAGUUGGGGGCUCAGCAGCAGUUUGGCGUUUCCUACAAAAUUACGCCUGAGACCACAGAGAAGGAGCAAAACGUCAUGAAGUGCUUUCAGGUUAACGGCACUAAGGAUGAAGUGGUCAAAGCUCAAGCAUCGCUGCCGGAUGUGCAGGGCUUCCAGUUCUUAAGGAUGGAGUAUUAUGGCGGCUCCCUCUGUGAAGUUUGGCAGAACGUGACCACCGUGGGUUACAAGAAGAACACCUACACACUGUGGGUGACCAGCGCAGAGAAGAGUGCAGACAGACGGAAAUCUACUUCUAUACCUUUGCACUAUGAGAUGAUGGGAUAUAACACUCUGCUGGGGUCCCAUUAUGACAAGUACCUUGUGGACUACAAGGAGUUCAGCACCCGCUUUGACCCCAAAGUCUUCUAUGUGCCUGAAGGGAUGAGCUGUGGGGGAUUUCCUGGCCCAGGGGUGGAGCACCACCUGCUGGCUAAUCCAAUGAAAGAUCUCAUCCACACCUCAGCUUCAGGUCAUUCUCAGAAGAUGUUCAGUCAUUUCAAGGAAAAGUUCCAGCGACAGUAUAGCGAUGGUAUGGAGCACGAGAAGAGGGAGCAAGCUUUUCUUCACAACCUCAGGUAUGUCCACUCUAAGAACAGAGCUGGCCUGUCCUUCUCCCUGGUCCUGAACUCCCUGUCGGAUCGCACCAUGUCGGAGCUAGCAACCAUGAGGGGGAGACGAAGCAAGACCCUAAACAAUGGGCUCCCCUUCCCAUCCAAGCUGUAUGAAGGGGUGAAAGUACCCGAGUCACUAGACUGGAGACUGUACGGUGCUGUGACUCCAGUGAAGGAUCAAGCCAUCUGUGGCUCCUGCUGGAGCUUUGCCACCACUGGAGCAGUAGAGGGCGCCCUCUUCCUAAAGACGGGCUCCCUGCAGGUCCUGUCCCAGCAGAUGCUGGUGGACUGUUCCUGGGGUUUUGGCAACAACGGCUGCGAUGGAGGCGAGGAAUGGAGGGCGUACGAGUGGAUUAUGAAACAUGGAGGCAUCGCAACGACAGAAACUUACGGAGCCUAUAUGGGAAUGAAUGGAUUUUGCCAUCUGAACUCAUCGCAGCUCACCGCACACAUCACAAGCUACACUAACGUCACAUCGGGUGACGCAGACGCCCUCAAGCUGGCCCUCUUCAAGAAUGGGCCGGCAGCCGUCAGCAUUGACGCGUCACAUAGAUCAUUUGUUUUUUACAGCCACGGCGUUUACUACGAACCGGCUUGUGGGAAUACCACAGAUGAUUUGGACCAUGCUGUGCUUGCAGUGGGAUAUGGCACUUUGAACGGGGAGCCAUACUGGUUGAUUAAGAACUCUUGGUCCACCUACUGGGGCAACGACGGCUACAUCCUGAUGUCUAUGAAGGACAACAACUGUGGAGUCACUACAGAUGCUACAUACGUCACACUGGCCUAGAUCCUUCCUGCUUGUUGUUUACAUAAAUCUUGAUAUUUAUGCUAUUCAGCUGAAGCUACUCUGUCAGUGCCUGGGUCUGAAUGCCACUUAAUGCUGUAUGUGUGGCGAUGCAACUACUGCAUCAGUCUAAACUGCCAGAAAAUAUUGUUUUGCACAAAGAAUAAGACUGUUUUUGUUUUUUUUUCUUUCGAACACGUUUAUUGCUGGAGUCCCCAAAGCACCGCGCCUUCUUUUCAGUUAUACAAAGUACAUUUAAUGACACAUUUAACUUGAUCGUUAAAAACUGCUGCGUUCAUCAUGACAAUUAAAAACGCUGAAAGUACUGUUUGCAGUGACAUUUCUGCUUCAUCUCAUUAUCAUGUGCUGCAGCCACAAAUUAGGCAUGCUUUUUUAAAUUCAUGCAGCUGAGCAGCAAGUCAGUCCUCACACAUUUAACUAUUACACACUCAUUAUGUACAGUGCCUGCAGAAGGAUUCUCUCCACAUUUGGUUACAUCACAAUCUUGAAAAUAUUUUACUGGGAUUUUAUGUGAUCCACAAAGACAAAGAAGUGGAAAGAAAUGCAUGGUUUUGAGAUUUUUACAAAUAAAAAUGUUUAAAUGUG